CUGUCUCACUUUUCGUCCCUUCGAGCCCAAAUCAAAAUGGCUAAAAAAUAGCUUUUAGAAAUCGAUCCCACAAGAACAAAAAAAAAAAAUAAAAAAAACUACGUGUAGGGGAGGGAGAGAGCUUUGUGCUCGGAGAUUUUGAUUUUGUGUCUCUCUUCGUUAUCGAUUUUGAAAACAUCCACAUUGGUGUCGUAGAUCUGAAGAACAAAAAAAAUCCAUCCCCACACGGGUUUGGUUAUCACGAUUUACGCUUUUCGUGUUGUUCGGUGACCUUGACAUCGCGAUUUCGAUUUUUUUUUUUGUUGGAGGUCUCACGACGAGCUAAGUGAUUCGAUUUUCCAGAUCCAUACGGAUCUAAAUCUCGGCGAGUUGAUUCCGUGGGGUCGACAUAGAUCUGAUAAAAGAGGGCAUUUGGAAUUUUUAUAGAGAUGGAUCCAAUCUCUGCGGUUAGCGAAGAGCUGGCUGAGAUCGAAGGACAAAUCAAUGACAUUUUCCGUGCUUUAUCAAAUGGAUUCCAGAAGCUGGAGAAGAUCAAAGAUGCUAGCAGGCAAAGUAGGCAGCUCGAAGAACUCACUGACAAAAUGCGUGACUGUAAAAGCCUUAUUAAAGAUUUCGAUAAGGAAGUUAAAAGCUUGGAAAGUGGAAAUGAUGCCAACACUAACCGUAUGCUUAACGAUCGACGACAAUCUAUGGUCAAAGAACUGAAUUCAUAUGUUGCUCUUAAGAAGAAAUACUCAUCUAACCUAGCAAGCAAUAACAAGCGAGUAGAUCUUUUCGAUGGACCCGGUGAAGAACACAUGGAAGAGAAUGUCUUACUUGCUUCAAACAUGUCCAAUCAAGAGCUUAUGGAUAAAGGAAACUCAAUGAUGGAUGACACAGAUCAAGCUAUUGAAAGGGGGAAAAAGAUUGUUCAAGAGACUAUAAAUGUGGGAACAGAUACUUCAGCAGCUCUUAAGGCUCAGACUGAGCAAAUGAGUAGAGUUGUCAAUGAGCUCGAUUCUAUUCAUUUCUCACUCAAGAAAGCCUCCAAGCUUGUCAAGGAAAUUGGUAGGCAGGUUGCCACUGACAAAUGUAUUAUGGCAUUUCUUUUCCUUAUCGUCAUUGGCGUCAUAGCAAUCAUUAUCGUCAAGAUUGUGAACCCAAACAACAAAGACAUCCGUGACAUACCGGGCCUAGCUCCACCAGCGAUGAACAGACGUUUGCUCUGGAACCAUUACUGAAAGGAAAAAAAUAUCUCGCUUUCACCCCAUUUAAAAUACUGGUAAAUUUUUUUGUCCCAUACACUUCUUGGUCAUCCCUCCCCUAAGUCCAUGUUGUAGUAGAUGAAACGCCUCAUCUGAGUACUUAACCAGUUUCUAUUCACAUGGCUCUUGGCUGCUGCGCAUUGAGUAGUCAAAGGAAUCAAAUUCCCAUUUCGUUAAAAUCCCAGAAUGAACACCAUCUUUUUUUUAGCUCAUGCGUUUGUAAAAGGAUGACUCUUUGUGUUAUAUCAUACUAUGUACGUGUAUUUUUUCAAACGUCGUCUCUGUUUCAUGACCUGGCAAAAAAACUUGUUCCUCUAUUUCACUGAUUCAUGUUGGAAGUUGUAACUGAGUUGUAUCAUAUUCGAUAUCAGUAUGACUUGACUCUCAUUA